AUGUCAUGGAGGUAUUAUAAUCGAUCUGUUAAAAAGUACUUUUCAACCUUCCCCAAGGUAAUCUUGCACGAUAAACCAAUAAAACCCAUUGUGACUAAGAAUGUCAACACAACUACACUUGGUACUAACCAAUGCUCUAAAGUAUCCGAUACGGGUAGUGGCAGAAAAAAUGAUACUUUCUAUGGAAUCUUAUUAGAUGGCAAACUUUUACAUACACCAAAGGGAAAAGUUUUUAGUUGCAGUAACAAAUUUUUACUACCUUUAUUAGUAAAUGAAUGGAACGGAGUUUUAGGUAAAUUACAUCGAUUCCGAUCUUUGCCCAUUACUUAUUGUUUAUCAUCUCACAUCGAUAAUAAAGAUGUUUCUAAUGUCAAAUUGUUAAAUUAUUUUGAGCAUGAUACCCUAAAGUAUCUGCCAUUCUUAUCUAAUAUAACAUAUCAUUCCAAUGUGCCUAACACUGACAAUUACUAUCCCUUGAAAUUCGAAUUUCUAAAAUCAAUUUCUAAAUUUUCAUUUGAAGAAUACUCUACAAUAGCAUUAUCGCAAUAUUUAAACUGUCUGUCUUUCCAAACUACAACACUAUCAAGUGAUGUUUCUAAAUAUAUAGAUAAAUUAACAUCACUUGAUAGGGUUGUUAUGGAAAUGUUAUCUGAUGAAUAUAAAUCAUUCAUACUGGCAUCUAGUGUGCUUCAAGAAGCCAUUUCCCCUGAAAUCGCUCUAAGGUUAUCUAGAAUUGAAGAAACUUAUCAAAAGUCAACUUCAAUCAAAAAUGUAGAGAAUGUCGAUUCAGUAGGUAAUUUGCAACUUUGGUUAGAGCAUUGGCAAGAAGAAGAACUCGACAUUUUGCGCUUCGUUAAAGGCGUUUUUGUUUGUGCGAAUUCUAGAACUUUGGAAUAG